GCCCUGCCCGGCGCUCGCUCGCAGCGGUACCCCACCACCCCUCCCCGCCUCCCCGCGCCGCCUCCUCGCGCUUUGGCUCGCUCGGGCUACGACUCAGGCGCGGGCUCCGGUUCCUCUUGGCCGCCCGGGGCUCAGGCAACGCCAGGUUGUAAAAAUCCAUGUGGGACGGCUCCGGGCGAGCAUCCGAAAGAUCUUUCACUGGAGUCACUUUCGGGUACAGACUAAGAAGAAUGCAGUGGCAAUCCAGGCCAACAGCAGAAAUACUGGCUUAAUCCCCAACUCAGUAUAGCAUUUCUUCUUCGCAGUAGCACCUCAUAACAGAAGGAAGAUGUAUGGAAGUGCAAGAACAAUCACCAACCUGGAAGGGAGCCCAGCCAGGUCUCCUCGUUUGCCCAGGUCUCCUCGUUUGGGCCAUCGACGAACAAGUAGUGGGGGAGGUGGAGGGACGGGCAAGACCCUGUCCAUGGAGAAUAUUCAAUCCCUUAAUGCAGCCUAUGCUACAUCUGGACCCAUGUAUCUGAGUGAUCAUGAGGGGGUGGCCUCAACAACUUACCCAAAAGGUACCAUGACUCUGGGAAGGGCCACAAACCGAGCUGUAUAUGGAGGCCGAGUCACAGCCAUGGGAAGUAGUCCCAAUAUUGCAUCUGCUGGACUCUCUCACACAGAUGUUCUUUCAUACACAGAUCAACAUGGUGGGCUGACCAGUUCAUCCCAUCACCACCACCACCAGGUCCCCUCCAUGUUGAGGCAGGUAAGAGACAGUACAAUGUUAGACCUUCAAGCCCAACUCAAGGAACUUCAGAGAGAGAAUGACCUUCUCCGGAAAGAGCUAGACAUCAAGGAUAGCAAAUUAGGCUCUUCCAUGAACAGUAUCAAGACCUUCUGGAGUCCUGAGCUCAAGAAAGAGAGAGUCUUGAGGAAAGAGGAGGCAGCCCGGAUGUCUGUCCUCAAGGAGCAGAUGAGGGUUUCCCAUGAAGAAAAUCAGUUACUGGAUGCCAGAAGAACCAAGCACCUGCAGUUGACAAUCCAGGCCCUUCAAGAUGAGUUGCGAACCCAGAGAGACCUCAACCACCUCCUACAGCAAGAGAGUGGCAACCGUGGAGCCGAACACUUUACCAUUGAGCUGACCGAGGAGAACUUUCGGAGGCUCCAAGCAGAGCAUGACAGACAGGCUAAAGAGCUGUUCCUUUUGAGAAAGACCUUGGAGGAAAUGGAGCUGAGAAUUGAAACGCAGAAACAAACCCUCAAUGCCCGAGAUGAGUCAAUCAAAAAGCUUCUUGAGAUGUUGCAAAGUAAAGGUUUGCCAUCCAAGAGCCUUGAGGAUGACAAUGAACGGACCCGGCGCAUGGCAGAGGCUGAGUCUCAGGUCAGCCAUUUAGAAGUGAUUCUGGAUCAAAAAGAGAAGGAAAACAUACAUCUUAGAGAGGAAUUGCACCGAAGAAGCCAACUUCAGCCAGAGCCAGCUAAAACGAAGGCUCUUCAGACUGUCAUUGAAAUGAAGGACACAAAAAUCGCUUCAUUGGAGCGAAACAUAAGGGAUCUUGAGGAUGAGAUCCAGAUGUUAAAAGCCAAUGGUGUGCUGAACACUGAGGACCGCGAAGAAGAGAUCAAACAAAUAGAGGUUUACAAAAGUCACUCCAAGUUCAUGAAAACCAAGAUUGAUCAGCUUAAACAGGAACUUUCAAAGAAGGAAUCAGAACUCCUUGCCUUACAAACAAAGCUUGAAACCCUUAGCAAUCAAAAUUCAGAUUGCAAACAACACAUUGAAGUGCUUAAAGAGUCGCUUACUGCCAAAGAACAGAGAGCCGCCAUUCUUCAGACUGAGGUAGAUGCAUUGCGAUUGCGGCUGGAAGAAAAAGAAUCUUUUCUUAAUAAGAAAACAAAGCAGCUACAGGAUCUCACAGAAGAGAAAGGGACACUAGCCGGGGAGAUUCGUGACAUGAAGGAUAUGUUAGAAGUGAAGGAAAGAAAAAUCAAUGUUCUUCAGAAAAAGAUUGAAAAUUUGCAAGAACAGCUUAGAGAUAAAGACAAGCAACUGACCAAUCUGAAAGACAGAGUGAAGUCCUUGCAAACAGAUUCCAGUAAUACAGAUACUGCACUGGCCACACUGGAGGAGGCUUUGUCAGAGAAGGAGAGAAUAAUUGAGCGUUUGAAAGAACAGCGGGAGAGAGAUGAUCGUGAAAGACUGGAAGAGAUAGAAUCUUUCCGAAAAGAGAACAAAGACCUGAAAGAGAAGGUCAAUGCUUUGCAAGCUGAACUAACUGAAAAAGAGUCUAGUUUAAUUGACCUCAAAGAACAUGCAUCUUCAUUAGCCUCAGCAGGGCUAAAAAGAGACUCCAAAUUAAAAUCUUUAGAAAUAGCCAUUGAACAAAAGAAAGAAGAAUGUAGCAAAUUGGAAGCACAGUUAAAAAAGCAAGCUGAGCAGUUGUUCAAUCAGAUGUACAACCCAGCUCAUAAUAUUGAAGAUGACACCAGGAUGAACCCUGAAUUUGCCGAUCGAAUAAAACAGCUUGACAAAGAGGCCUCUUAUUACCGUGAUGAGUGUGGCAAAGCCCAGGCUGAAGUUGACCGGUUGCUGGAGAUCCUUAAGGAAGUGGAGAAUGAAAAGAAUGACAAGGACAAGAAGAUUGCUGAACUUGAGAGGCAUAUGAAAGAUCAGAAUAAGAAGGUGGCCAACCUCAAGCACAAUCAACAGUUAGAAAAGAAGAAGAAUGCGCAGUUGCUGGAAGAAGUCUGCAGGCGAGAGGAUAGCAUGGCUGACAACUCACAGCACUUGCAGAUAGAGGAACUGAUGAAUGCCUUGGAGAAGACCAGGCAGGAACUGGAUGCUACCAAAGCACGCCUGGCCUCCACACAGCAGUCCCUAGCUGAAAAAGAAGCACACUUGGCCAAUCUUCGGAUAGAAAGGAGGAAACAGUUGGAGGAAAUCCUAGAGAUGAAACAGGAAGCUCUGCUUGCAGCAAUCAGUGAGAAAGAUGCAAAUAUUGCCUUGCUGGAAUUGUCUGCUUCCAAAAAGAAAAAGACACAAGAUGAAGUUAUGGCUCUUAAGCGGGAAAAAGAUCGACUCGUGCACCAAUUGAAGCAGCAGGUUUAUAGACCUAGGAAACAGCCCCUGAGCUCGAAUAUACCAUGCACUUGUGAUGCUGGCUACAGUCCAGAUAUUGCGACCAAGUACCACGGGUCCAGCUACGAUGCAUAUAUGAUCCAAAGGUCUCAGACCCAGAACAGAAUGAAGUUGAUGGCGGACAACUACGAGGAGGACCACCACCAUUACCACCACCACCACCAUCACCACCACCACCGAUCUCCUGGGAGGUCGCAACAUUCCAAUCACAGACCCUCUCCUGACCAGGAUGACGAGGAGGGCAUAUGGGCAUAGCCGGGCCUGUAAACCAAAGUUCCAGUUUUGUUUUGAGGGAUGAUCCAGCCCUGUCGGAGGCACGGAGGCACAGUCCAAUCUCAUGCUGUACAUUGAUCACCUGUCCAACCUUUGCCUAGAGUGGGAGCCCCCAGUUCCUUCAAGAGAUCCAACUUUACCUGUCUGUAAAGAAGAAGAGGAGGAGGGAGACAGCGGGGAGGAUCCAGUGACAGUUUAACACCAGAGCAGGUCCAAUGUUUACUUUUACCCUUUUGGAGGUGGGUAACUGCCAAUGCUGCCGGGUAAUGGGUGUCUGAGAGACACUGUAUAAUGAACUUGGAUUUGGGGGAUCAGUCAUACUUUUUUCCCCUAAGUGUAAGGGAUUGCAAGUUUUGUAUUUAAUUCAUAGCCAUGAUAACUACACCAGCAUAGAACAAGAAUCCACAUUCAUAAUUCGUGUGAUGUAAAUGGCCACCUUGGCCUUAGGUUGCUUGUGUCUUGCACAAGACAGAGGGGACUAUUUAUUCACCCAUUCCUAUUUCAUGACCAUUUGGCUUAUUAUGUAAUUAUUUUCCAAGGCCUAUGAUCCUCAGUGGCCUUUCUGUUUUGAUUCUCUGGCUUUUGAUGUUUUGAAUUCAUCCUCCCCAAACAAACACUUAGACUUUGAGAUCCUGAGUAACCUCUUAAUUGUUGAGAUUUCAUUUUAAUUCAAGUAUAGAUCUCUACAAUCUUGGAGUUUGUCAAUGCAAUCUUGUCUGUAAGUAGAAUGUUAACCUAUGACCAUGGAGGCCUCAGGCAAGAGGGCUUCAACUGAGCCUCUAAAUCUCUAGCUAUCCUUAGUUUCAAUUGCCCAGUGUUUGAAAUAACCACUUCUGGGUGGGAAAUGUUUGCAUGUGGAAAUGGUAGUCUCACUUGUGCAGUGGGCAGAGAAAACCCCAAAGGCCCCCAGUUUCUUCUUGAAAAGUGACUGGUCACCAGUGUUUCUGGGUCUGAAGUAUAUUUUGUAUUUACUCUUAGCCUCUAUUUGUUUUGCAUGCCUGAACUGUAUUUCUACUUCGGCAUAAUAAGCACCUGCAUCAGAAGUUUUGGCAGGGGGGUGGAGAGGUGGGGAGCUCUUCAAAAAGGAUAGUUUGAAUCUUCAUGUAGCAAGUGCUAUCACCUAUGCUAUGUGCUGUGAACCAGACAAGGAUGGGCCAGGAUCAACAUCAUGACUAAAUUCCUAGGAAAGGUUGAGUUUAAUUUUCACUUGGGAACAGCACCAAUGGAUGCUCAUUACCUGACAGUUUAUCUGGAUGGAGGCAGGUAAGAAUUCCUGACAAAAAUAAAUCAUAUGUGUGCGGGGAGGGGGGCUCUGGAUGACAUCUGAGUUAGCAUUGAACCUGGCAGUGUAGUCUCUGAAGUGUCUCAUCUUGUCUAAUCACUUGAUUAGACAAUCAUUUGAUCUACUUCCUUUCAGAGAACUUCUACAUACAUAGCAGUUAGUCCUUUUAUUAUCAUUGCAUAAUACAGUAAAGAGAAAAAAUAAAGCAGAUGAUUGUCAUCUUAAUUCACUUACACUACUAAUCAUAUAUAGUUUUGCUUAAAAGAAAAAAAAAGUCCAUGUCCUUUCAGUGAUUAAUUCAGGAAGCAGCUCUAAACACUGGCUUUCUACACCUGGAUCAAAAACCUGCUUCCCAACAUCAUCUGGGAACUUGUUAGAAUGCAUAUUCUCAGGCCUCUACCAGUCCUAAGAAGUCAGAAACUCAGCCAACGGGGUCAAUACAUUGUGUUAAAUGAGCCUCCCAGUGAUUCUGCUACAGCAAAAAUGAGGAAACUGUUGGUGUGAAACCCCUGCGGUGCAUGAGGUGAGGGUAUUAAGAGGAUUGUAGUCUAUAACCAUGCCAUCCAAAAGCUUGUGAUCUUGGGUACAAGGCACAAAUUCAUCUAACAAGCAGGGUAAGCUUUAUAAAAUGUAAAUGAUGUCAUACACUCGCUUCCUAAGUCCCUCAGGGCAAUUCCUUUUAUACUGGGAAUCAAUCGAAAUGCUUGGCUAAGGCCUACAGGGCUUGGCAUGCUCUGUCCUCAGCCCACCUGCCCACUUCAUCUGGUGCUGUUUGUGUCCCUUCCCUGGCCGUCUGCCUCACCACACUGGCCUUCUUUCUGAUCCACAAAUGUCUGAUGAGUGUGGUAUCAGCAAGAAUAUGAAGGAAGGCUAAGGAGGAGUGAAGAAUUGCAGGGGCUAAACAAAGGCUUAGUCACCAAAGGUUUUUGUUUGUUUGUUUGUUUUGUCAUAUACUACAGUAGUUCUAAGACAUUGUCUGUACUGGUCAGUUUAUUAACCUGUUAAUAUUUAAUAUAGGUUGAUGUGAUACUAUCAUGUUUAUAUUGGUAGACUCUUCUUACAAUGGAGCAGUCUGAAAGGGUUUGCUGAAUCAUCAAGGAACUAUUAAAUAUAGUAUAGUUUAGUUUAGCUUACUUUAGUUUAGUUUAAUCCUACUGCCAUAUAGUAGGAUCCACUCCUUUCCCUGAGAGUUGGCUAAACAAGUACCAGAUUCAGUCAGCAGUAACAAAAAGCUCCCCCCCCCCAAAAAAAAAACUUGUUUUCAGGUGAGCCCAUUAAAGAAUUAA